CCUUAAUUAGUGAAGGUUUGAUUCCGGAGGUGUUUCUCUCGACCAAAAAUUUUAUAGAAAGAAGAUAAAUAAAUUAUAUCAUUUAAAACUUUAUCUAUGCAUUCUUCUCUUGAAUACGAUUGAGAUACUCAAUACACAUUGCAGUCAUGUCGCUUUCAAAGAGAGAGUAUGAGGACUACAAAGCGGCAGUAGAGAAAAUGGUCUACAAAUACGUGACUCGUGAUAGGUCAAGUAUUGUUUCAGCCAUUACUCAUGCUGUCGACUCAGGAUGUGACAAGAGAAAAGUGGAAGACAAGCUUAUGGGUUAUGUUGAUAAGAGUUUAGCAUACAAGUUAGCAGAAAAGGCAUUUAUUGUAUUAGAAGAUAUUGGGGCCAAGGUCAAAAGUUCAUCCUCUCGUAAGCGCACACACAAAGAUGAAAAUGAUCGGGAGAAAGACAGCAAGAGAGCCAGGGUCAAGGAGGAGAAGGAGCCACCACCUGAGAACAAGCAACCCCCACCCCCACCCACCACAGCUCCCAAUAACACAGUCAGCCCUGGCCAGAUCCAAGCUCAGCAGAUUAAGGAUAUUAUGGCCAAGGCACAGGCAGUUAUUGAGGAAAGAAAAAAAGCAAUGGCAAACCUGCAUCCAGUGGAGCCAAAACCUGCAACCAAUGGAGCAGCUGUACCCUUGAUCAACCAAGCUUCCCCAGCAGUCUUAGCUGCUGUUGGGAGCACUGAUGUGAGUUCUCGCAUUGCUGAACUACAAGCACGCAUUCAAGCACAACUUGGUAAUGUGUCUGCAAUAGGAAUUGGAAGUGCCUUGGCAGCUGGUGUAGGUGGAGCUGGUGGAGCCCCUCCACCAGCUAAACCUCAGGGUGAACAGAGCAAGCCAACUCCUCUUAUUCUCGAUGCUGAAGGAAGAACUGUAGACAUGAGUGGAAAGGAGGUUCAUCUGACACAGCGGAUUCCCACUUUAAAGGCCAACAUACGUGCAAAGAAACGAGAGGAGUUCAAGCAACAGUUACAGGAGAAGCCUGUUGAAGAUACUGUUGAAAGUACAUUCUUUGAUAAUCGUGUCAGUAUUAGACCUUCCAUGAAAGCUAAAAGAAUGUUCAAGUUCCAUGACCAGGGCAGAUUCAUACAGCUAGCUCAGAGGGAGAGAGCAAAGGCUAGGCUAGAGAAACUCCAAAAUGAAAUCUCUCAAGUAGCAAAGAAGACUGGCAUUUCUUCAGCAGCUAAAUUAGCACAGUUGGAGCAACGAGACAUCAAAAGCACAACUGAUGGAUGUCCAGAGGUUGAGUGGUGGGAUGCAGUUAUUCUGAAAGGAAAUAGGGCUGUGCGAAUGGCAAACUUGAUGCGUGUGUUAGGGACAGAGGCUGUCCUGGAUCCAACAAAGAUGGAGAAGCAUGUGAGGGAACAGAUGGCCAAAAGACUGAAGGCUCACCAGGAUGCCAACGCAGCAAGAAAGCUCACACCGGAUCAGAGGCGGGAUAAGAAAAUCAGGAAACUCAAGGAAGAUACUACCACAGGAGUCCAUGUAUCAGUGUACAAAGUGACAGACUUUUCAAAUGGCUCCCACAAGUUUAAGGUUGAAACCAAUGCAAAACAGCUGUUUUUGACUGGUACAGUUGUUUUGUUUAAGGAUAUUAAUGUAGUUGUUGUGGAAGGAGGACCCAAACAACAAAAAAAAUACAGGAAGCUGAUGAUGGAGCGAAUUAAAUGGGCAGAAGAAUCACGUUCGAAAGAUGCUGAACUAGAAUCAAAAUGCCAGAUGAUUUGGGAAGGAUCUGUACCUGAAAGAAGCUUUGGGGAGAUGCAGUUCAAGGCAUGCCCCACAGAAUCUUUUGCAAGAGAUCAUUUUAAGAAGCAUGGAGUGGAACAAUACUGGGACUUAGCUUAUGGCAAGAAAAUCCUGGAAGAAGCAGAUGAAGGAGUCUGAGUUCUUGAGGCAGUGGGAAUGUGUACGUUUAAGCAAGGGUUAUCAAUAUUUUAAUAAUGAUCAUCAUUUCGUUAUCAUAUUGUUAUUUUUGUACUUUCCUUUUUUUUUCUCUUAUCUUUGGAAUAUCAUUAAAAAAAAAAAGCUCAGGUGUUUAAUAAUGUUUUGAUGAAACUUCUCAAAUUAGGUUGAGUGUUGUUAUGCAAUCCAUUGUAAUUUUUUAUAAAUAACAUCACUGAAAUACUUCCAUGGACAAGACUUGUAUGAACUGUUCACUAUAUUGUUAUAAAUUUUGUGGUACAUUUGACUGUGAAAGUUGAAUUUCUAUGCGAACGUGUUUUGUCUCUUCCAGCAUAAAAAACUGAUAUGAAAUUUGUUUAUAAAUUGUCCUCAUUUUCUGUAUUUAUUUUUUAACCAGAUAUUUUCUGCAAUUCAGAAAAUUCAUUUACUUUCUUCAAUUUUGAUGGGUUUUAUACUGAAGAUACAGAUGCAUAUUUUGCCCAUUUGUUUUCUACAAGACUGCACUUGCCUGAAUAUAUACUGUUCUUGAUACAUAAACUAUAAAACCUAAGGAUAUACGACAUCAGUUAAUAAAUGUUGUUACUGAGUAACCCAGAUGUAUUAUAGAUUUUAUAUUAAGAGAUAUCCUGUUUUUUGAAUGGAGCAGACUAAAGUUAACAAAAGUUUCUUUAUUUCUGUAUAUGGAAAUCCCCGAAUUAAGGAAAUUCCCGACAAAUAAUAAUUCUGAUGUACAUGCUGCAGUUUAUUUACAUUGUGAAAUAGAGAUGUAUUAUGCUAAAUUUCUUUUCUUUUUUUUAACUCAGUGCUGCUGAGAAAAUGCUAUGUACAUUUUUUUAUAUUUUUGUGAAAUAUGUCUGCACAUAGAUGGCUGUGCUAGUGCUUAGCCACAAAGGAAUCAAUUAGUAAACCCGGUGACUUUACCUGAUUUCACCUUUCCUUGAAUUGUCAUAAAAAAUGUUAUUUUUACUAAUGUUAUGAAUAUCCAUGGUGUUUUUUUUUUACUAUAUACAUUAUAAUUACUAUAUUGUUAUAGACAUUAGGAACAGCAAUAUGAAAUAACGUUAAAUAUUUUCUAAAAUCAAGGAAAAGGGAGAGGCGGGCAGUACUCGUAAUUGGCUCAUUGGUGACUUAGUACAUGCCUUAAGUGUUGGAUUUGGGUUAAUUUGGUUUCAACUUGAUGUGAUAAUCUGUCUUCAGCUAUGGUUUAAAGUCAUGGGAUGAGUCAAGUGGUGCAUACAUUUGCAUCUGUAUAUUCAUCAUUUUGAUGUUUUAGCCAUAGAGAAAGUGAGUGAGUGUUUCCCCAAUCUUUUUCCUUUUGAUGACAA